AUGCAAGUUGAUAAUAAAGUUAUAUUUAAACCAACCAUCAGAUGUCCUCUGAUGAUUAAUCCAGAAAAAGAUGCAGAAAGAAUUAACAAAUCAAUCAAAUUAAUCGAUACUGAUGAAGAUAUCAUCAAUGAAAUACUCGGUCAUAGAAAUUUUCAACAACGUAUGGCUAUUGCAGAGGCUUAUAAACGUUUAUAUGACAAGGAUAUCACGGAACAUUUAGGCUCUGUUUUAUUAGGCGGUUAUGAUAGCCUAGUGAAAACAAUGUUUAGAAAUCCAAUGGAGAUUUUAGCCAAUGAUUUAUAUAAAGGCAUGAAGACAUUGGGUUCAAAUUAUCAAAUAAUGACCGACAUUAUCUGUUGUUGUAAUAAUACUGAAAUUUAUUUAUUAAAGAAAGCAUAUGAUAAAAUACUAAUGGCAGAAGACCCAAAAUGCUGUCGUCAGCGUUCAUUAGAAACCGAUGUUAUGAGAGAAUCAAAAGGCGCUUAUAAAUUAUUUAUGCAACAAUUGUUAAAAGGUGAACGAUGUGAAGACAGUAAAAUUCAAGUUAUUCCAACUGAAAAUACAACUGAAGAAGCUUUACACGGCGUCAAUCAACAAUUAGUUGCAGAUGACGUGAAUGAAUUAUACGAAGCAAGUGAAGGACAAGUAGGUAAAGGUGAUCCUUCCGUCUUUAUAUCAAUUUUAUCAAAACGCAGUAAAUAUCAUAUACAAGCGAUAUACAAUGCAUACUAUAAGAAAUACGGCCACCUUCUUGUGGAUGCUAUAUCACGGAAAUUUUCAAAUCCUCUUCGUACGGCAAUGAAUACUGUCAUUAUGGCGCUAAUCGAUCUGCGUUUACUACUCAUCUGUCAACUUUACUGUAGUAUGGAGGGCAUAGGAAUGAAUGAGGAUACAGUCAUUCGAAUUAUAUGUCUUCGAUGUGAGAUUGAUUUACAAAAUAUAAAAGAAUUAUAUGAAAAAUUCUUUUAUAAACCAUUAACUCAGAGUAUAGCUUCUGAAACACAAGGCGGUUUAAAGAAAUUAUUAUUAAUUCUUCUGAAUUGUGAAUAG